ACUUCCGCGAGUCAAAGGCGAUGGCGUAUGUAACAGAACAGAAUCGCUAUUAGGCUAUGUUAACCAAAUCUGCACUAAUUUUUCAGAAGAACAGCAGUGAAAAUGAAUCGCCCCUUUGUUUUUCUCACAGUGUAUGUUUCGUUCGUGCAUGGUGUGUCUGGUGUUGAUGCAGAUGGAGUGUCAGUGUCUGUGAAAGAGGGAGAUUCAAUCAUUUUUCACACUGGUGUUCAAACAAACCAACAAGACAGAAUUAUAUGGUAUUUUAAUGACAUUCGCAUCGCUAAAAUCAAUAGAGACCAGAGUAAGAUCUGUACAGAUGUUCAGUGUAAUGAAGGUACUGAGAGAUUCAGAGACAGACUGAAGCUGGAUCAUCAGACUGGAUCUCUGACCAUCACAAACACCAGAACCGAACAUGCUGGACGUUAUCAUCUAGAGGUCAUCAGCAGCAGCAACAGCAGUGAAAAGAUCUUCAGUGUUUCUGUCCAUGGUGUGUCUGCUGCAGAUACAAAUGAAGUCAAGAUGAAGUCAGUGAUGGAGGGACAAUAUAUCAUGUUAGAUACUGGCGUAAUAAUAGACCAAGGUGAUUCAAUUAUGUGGUAUUUUAAUGACAAUCGCAUCGCUUAUAUCAGUUGGGGUCCAGAAAUCUGGAAAUCUCGGAGAUUCAGAGACAGACUGCAGCUGGAUCAUCAAACUGGAUCUCUCAACAUCAGAAACGUUAAAACCACAGACACUGGACAAUAUAAACUAGAGAUCACCAACAGCAGCAGCAUCCAGCAUUUCCUCAGCAUCAGCAGUAACAGCGUCAAGAGAUUCAGUGUUACUGUGAGUGCUGUUCCAGGUUCAGGUCUGUCUUCAGGAGCUGUUGCAGGAAUAUGUGUUCCUGUUGUUCUACUGGUCAUGGCUGUUGUGAUUUACUGUUGCCACAGGACUAACAAAAGCAAAAUGGUGAAUAAGGGCUGAAUAAGAAGAGAUCAUUGAUGAAGGACAAGGGGAUAAAUGAAACAGGAUCAGAAAAUAACACAAGCUGAAACAGACACUGUGUUGAUCAAUGAUUUGAUUUGAGAGUGAAUAAUGACUUGAAUUUUGGCCACUUCAUCAUACAGAUUGAUCAUAUCACUUCAGAAGACAUGGAUUAAACCACUGGAGUUGUAUGAUUUACUUUUAUGAUUCCUUGAUGUCCUUUUGGAGCUUGAAACUUUUGGACCCCAUUGACUUUAAAACAUCUUUUGUGUUCCAGUAGAAGAAAGUCAAACAGGUUUGGAACAACAUAAGGAUGAGUAAAUAAUGACAAAAUCCUCAUGG